UCAUUGUCACUGUCAGUUUCUUCAUAAUAAAAAUGGUGUCCUGGAGUGGUUUAGGCCGAUCUUUCGGCACAAGCCUUUUUAAAAAUAAUAUUAAAACACCAUUUGUUAUUCAAAAUGUUAAUUUCUCCGUAGGAAAAACCUUAAAUGCCGGACAUGGCCAUAAAACUAUGGCAUUGCAGCCAUCAAGAUGGCAAUAUCACAAAUUCAAGGAUAUGUUACACUACUAUCUUAUGGUUGGCCUGAUUCCUGUGGGAGCCAUUAUUUUCUAUACAAAUGUCUUUAUUGGCCCCGCUCAGCUGACUCCAAUUCCCGAAGGUUAUGAACCUAAACAUUGGGAAUACCACCGACACCCAAUAACAAGAUUCAUUGCUCGUUAUAUUCAUAAUAAUCCUCAACAGGAAUAUGAGAAGUUUAUGCAUUACAUCGAUGAGGAAGCUCAAAAAGCAAAAUUGAGAGCCCUGGAAAAGGAAGUUCACAAAAAAAUGGCUGAGAGGCAUGAUUACCAAGCAUAUUAUUACCGACCCAUGGUCAAUAAGUAUCACAGAAUCAAUAAGCAAACUGGUGAUGAGAUGUACGAGCGUAUCGGAGACGAUGUAAAGGAUUAAGUCGAUUUUGUUAUUUGAAAUUAUAAUCCGUUUAGUAAUCAAUUGUAUAGUAACAUAUUUGAAGUAGAUAAGCAUAACUUUUGAAUUUAGUUUAUUGAAUUACUUGAUAUUAUGAUUUAAAAUCAGUGCUUUCUUUGUAAACUUAUUGUUUCAAUAAAUGGUUUGAAAAUA